UCAAAGACUAUAAUGCCUUCUUCCCCAUCCAAGCACUUAGAUCAUGAGCUUCUCUGUGAUGUGUUCAUUAGCCACCAAGGUACCGAUACCAAGCGAACUGCUGCCGGCUUGCUUUAUGAUCGCUUCAAACUCCUCCAACUCCAUCCUUUCUUUGAUAGCAAGAGCAUGAAACCUGGGGACAAGCUCUUUGAUAAAAUAGGUGCAGCCAUAGUGGGUUGUAAGGUUGGGGUCCUUAUUUUCUCUCCCAACUAUUGUAGCUCUUACUUCUGCCUCCAUGAGCUGGCUCUCUUGAUGGAAUGCAAUAAGAAGGUCAUCCCUAUCUAUUGGGAUGUCAAUGCCUCGGAUCUCAAGGUGGUUGAUAAUGGUAACUAUACGGCUGAAGAACUGAAGAGGUUUAGGUGGGCUGUUGAGGAGGCCAAACAAUUCGUUGCCCUCACAUUUGACUCGCGUAGCGGGGACUGGUCGGAGUUCUUAACAAGCACCAAUGACAUUGUGGUGAGAAGCUUAAUCGAAUUAGAGGAGGAAGAAGGAGAGCGGUGCUACAAUACUCUCAGCGUUUGGUAGUGCAUAACAAUGCUGCAAAUAAUCGAAUAUGUAGAUAUUGAAGGAUACAAGUUUUUGAGAUUUGAUUACAUAUUCACAUUACUUUGAAGACAAGUAACAGAAAUAAUGUAAUAUGAAGCUCUUAAAUAUAUAUAUAUAUAUAUAUAUAUAUAGGGACAAUUUGCUAGAUCUACUACUUGACAAGAAAAGGAAUUACAAACAAGUAGAUUUACAGACAAAAUGUAAGUUAAAGUCAAACCAACUUGUUUUGUAUUUCUUUUUCUUGUCUUAGUAGAUCUAAGUAAUUUCAAUUCAAUUUCCCCUGUACAAAAGGCAUCCACCUAUUUAUCCUGUAUUGAUACUAAGAAGUAAUGUAUAAGCUUCAUUUUUCCCCGAAA